UCCCUCCCGUUCAAACAGGAAAGGCGGACAUGUUGGUGCCGUUCGCGGCUUCCCUCGCAGCCGGACCUCGCGCUCUGCCCUCCCUUUGAGCCACCUUCUUCCUUCCUGCCUCUCACGCCGCUCGGUCCCGGGGCGGCCCGGGCUGCGGCAGGUUGAGGAGCGGCGGCGAGCGGCGAAGAAGAGGAAGGAAGAUGCCGUUAUCGCCUCUCCGCCGCUGAAGCGCUCCCGCGGGGCGCUGCUGGCACGGCCCGGGAGAGGGGCGGCGUGCCCCGCGCUACCUGCGCCCAUGGACGGAGCGAGCCCGAGGCACUGAGGCGCGGCGCCGGGAGGGCUGUCCUGCCUUGCGGGUCGUUUUGCUUCGCGCUGCGCCUCUCUGAUCCCCCUUUCCUCAUCUCGUCGUCGCUCCUACGCGCUUCCCGGACCCGGCCGCUGCUGCGGGGCGAGAAGGAGGAACCGCUACGCUGCUGCCAGCGCGGCUGCCCGGCCGCGGGAAUGAGGCCGCUGCGGCGCGGGGGCCCGCGCGAAGGCGGGAGGGCGCGGAGAGCCGCGGCGGGGCUGUGAGCGGCGGGAGCGCCCGCGGCACUUUGCUCCCUCGGUGCGGCGCGGGGACUCGCCCGGAGACCGCCGUGAUUGAAGGGACUGCGCAGGAAGCGCUUCGCAGCCCCGCGUAGGCUCUGCGGUUUCUCUUGGAAGCUUUUUAAUCUUCGGAAACAUGUCGACGGGAGAAAGUUUUGAGUCUCGGUUUGAAAAAAUCGACGGGACUUUAAAGGAUCCCAAAUCUGAAGUGAACGUGGACUGUUUGCUGGAUGGAUUAGAUGCUUUGGUGUAUGACUUGGAUUUUCCUGCCUUGCGAAAAAACAAAAACAUUGAUAACUUCUUAAACAGGUAUAAAGACACAGUAAAUAAAAUGAGGGAUCUGCGGAUGAAAGCUGAAGAUUAUGAAGUGGUGAAGGUCAUUGGCAGAGGGGCAUUUGGGGAAGUUCAGCUGGUAAGGCAUAAAUCAUCAAGAAGAGUGUAUGCUAUGAAACUUCUGAGCAAAUUUGAGAUGAUAAAAAGAUCAGAUUCUGCGUUCUUCUGGGAAGAAAGGGAUAUUAUGGCUUUUGCUAAUAGUCCCUGGGUUGUUCAGUUAUUUUAUGCAUUCCAAGAUGAUCGUUACCUUUACAUGGUCAUGGAAUACAUGCCUGGUGGAGACCUUGUGAAUUUAAUGAGUAACUAUGAUGUUCCUGAGAAAUGGGCAAGAUUUUAUACUGCUGAAGUUGUUCUUGCAUUAGAUGCAAUUCACUCAAUGGGCUUUAUACACAGAGAUGUGAAGCCUGAUAAUAUGCUGCUAGAUAAAGCUGGUCAUUUAAAACUAGCGGAUUUUGGUACUUGUAUGAAAAUGAACAAGGAAGGUAUGGUACGAUGUGAUACAGCUGUAGGAACACCAGACUAUAUCUCUCCUGAAGUGUUGAAGUCCCAGGGUGGUGACGGUUAUUAUGGACGAGAAUGUGACUGGUGGUCAGUUGGAGUUUUUUUGUAUGAGAUGCUUGUAGGUGACACACCUUUUUAUGCAGAUUCUUUGGUUGGAACAUACAGUAAGAUUAUGAACCACAAGAACUCCCUUACCUUCCCUGAUGACAAUGAGAUCUCUAAAGAGGCAAAAAACCUUAUUUGUGCCUUUUUAACUGAUAGGGAAGUGAGACUGGGACGAAAUGGCGUAGAAGAGAUUAAACGGCAUCUUUUCUUCAAAGAUGAUCAGUGGGCUUGGGAGACUCUCAGGGACACUGUAGCACCAGUUGUGCCCGACUUAAGUAGUGACAUAGACACUAGUAAUUUUGAUGAUAUUGAUGAAGACAAAGGAGAGGAAGAAACAUUUCCCAUUCCAAAAGCGUUUGUGGGCAACCAGCUUCCUUUUGUUGGAUUUACGUAUUACAGCAACCGUCGGUAUUUAUCUGUCUCUGCAGAAAAUUCCAAUGAUAACAGAACAGGCUCCAGUAUGGAUAAAAGUGUGAUGGAAAAUAUGCAGAAGAUGAUCUAUGAUUUGGAAGAGCAGCUACAUAAUGAAAUGCAGCUGAAAGAUGAAAUGGAGCAAAAGUGCAGGUCUUCAAACAUAACGCUAGACAAGAUAAUGAAAGAACUGGAUGAAGAGGGAAAUCAAAGAAAGAACCUAGAAUUAACAGUGUCCCAGAUUGAGAAAGAAAAGAUGGCACUGCAGCAUAAGAUAAACGACUAUCAAAGAAAAAUUGAACAAGAGAGUGAAAAGAGACGGAAUGUGGAAAAUGAAGUUUCUACGCUAAAAGAUCAAAUGGAAGACUUGAAAAAAAUCAGCCAGCAUUCACAAAUUACAAAUGAGAAGAUAACACAGUUACAAAAACAACUAGAAGAAGCCAAUGAUUUGCUACGGACAGAAUCAGAAACAGCAGUAAGACUGAGAAAGGGUAACACUGAAAUGAGCAAGUCAUUAAGUCAAGUGGAAUCACUGAAUAGAGAACUGCAGGAAAGGUGCAGAGUUCUGGAAAGUGCAAAACUGCAGGUGGAGAAAGAUUAUUAUCAACUGCAAGCAGCUUUGGAAUCAGAACGAAGGGACAGAAGUCAUGGAUCUGAAAUGAUUGGAGAACUACAGGUUCGGAUUACAACUUUACAAGAAGAAUUGAAAAACCUUAAAAAUAAUCUUGAAAGAGUGGAAGCAGAAAGAAAACAAGCUCAAGAUAGGCUUAAUCAUUCAGAAAAGGAAAAGAAUAAUUUGGAGAUAGAUUUGAACUACAAACUCAAGUCUUUACAAGACCGCUUAGAACAGGAAGUAAAUGAACACAAAGUGACUAAAGCUCGCUUAACUGACAAACAUCAGUCAAUAGAGGAGGCAAAAUCAGUUGCAAUGUGCGAAAUGGAAAAAAAAGUAAAGGAAGAAAGAGCGGCAAGAGAAAAGGCAGAGAAUCGAAUAGUUCAGGCUGAAAAACAGUGUUCCAUGCUAGACUUCGACCUGAAGCAGUCUCAGCAGAAACUGGAACACCUUCUUCAGCAAAAGGAAAGACUGGAGGAUGAAGUAAAGAAUCUGUCACUUCAGCUAGAGCAAGAGACAAAUAAGCGAGUAAUGGCACAGAAUGAAUUAAAGGCGCAAGCUUUUGAAGCAGAUAACUUGAAGGGUUCUGAGAAGCAACUGAAACAAGAAAUCAAUACGUUAUUGGAAGCAAAAAGGUUACUGGAAGUUGAGUUGGCUCAACUUGCUAAACAGUACAGAGGAAAUGAAGGUCAAAUGCGUGAGCUUCAGGAUCAGCUUGAAGCAGAGCAGUAUUUUUCGACACUUUACAAAACUCAGGUUAAGGAACUGAAGGAAGAAAUUGAUGAAAAGAAUAAAGAAACUCAAAGAAAAAUGCAGGAAUUGCAAAAUGAGAAAGAAACACUCACUACACAGCUGGAUUUAGCUGAAACCAAAGCUGAGUCGGAACAGUUGGCACGGGCACUUCUUGAAGAGCAGUAUUUUGAAUUGAGUCAGGAGAGCAAAAAAGCAGCAUCACGACAUAGGCAAGAAAUGACAGAUAAGGACAGCAUCAUAAGAAGGCUGGAAGAAACUAACAGCACGUUAACCAAAGAUGUUGAUCUAAUAACAAAAGAAAAUUCAGAGAUCAGUGAAAAAAUGAAGAAACAGGAGGAAGAAUAUAAGCUGAAAAAAGAGGAAGAAAUUAACAAUAUUAGAAUGCAAUAUGAGAAGAGUAUCAACAAUGAGAGAACUCUGAAGACACAGGCUGUCAACAAACUGGCUGAGAUCAUGAAUAGAAAAGAUUUUAAAAUAGAUAGAAAGAAAGCAAGCAUGCAAGAUUUGAGGAAGAAAGACAAGGAAAACCGGAAGCUACAACUGGAGCUUAAUCAAGAAAAAGAGAAAUUCAAUCAGAUGGUAGUGAAAUACCAGAAGGAGCUUAAUGAAAUGCAAGCGCAACUAGCAGAAGAAUCAACAUAUAGGAAUGAGCUACAGAUGCAGCUGGAUAGUAAAGAGAGUGACAUAGAACAACUACGAAGGAAAAUUUUGGAUCUCCAGCAAGGAAUGGAUUCCACCAGCGUUUCUAGUCUACAGCCAGAUGAAAUUGAUGGAAAUCUUUCAGUUGUGCUUCUGAUGUUAGUAUUUCAUACAGGUAGGACCACUAAUAUUAUGUUAUUAGGCCAUCUCAUGUAUGUUCUUAAAAUAUGUUUUGAUUUUGUCCUUAGAAUGUGUUGGGUUUUUUUGUUUGUUUGAGUGAGGCUCUGAGUUGAUCAGAAUUUGAAUAAGAAGCAAUUGAGGUAAUUUAAGGAGAUUGUGAUGUUAGUAUGAUCAUAUUUCACACUUUUGUGAGUUAAGUAGAGAGCACAGAAGAACUAAACUAGCAUUCAACUAGCAUUUAACUUAGCAUUGUAAGCAGGAAAAGAAAGCCAGUCUUUAAAGUGUACAUACCCCAUGCCAUAAAAGAGGAAAUAACAGAAUCACAGGUUAAGGCUGGAAGAGACCUCUGGAGGUCGUGUAGUCAAGCUCCUGCUCAAAUGAGGACACUGAGAGCAAGUUGGCCACCACCCAUCACCAUGUCCAGGUGACUUCUGAAGAUUCCAGGGAGGAAACUCCACAGCCUUGGUGUCCACUUGGAUCCCUAAGUUCUGCCCUCCUCUAUGUCCUAGUGUGUGAUGUUGUUCCUGCCCAGGUGUAGGACUCUACUCCUUUUUAACUUCAUUUGAUUCUUGUCAGCCCUGGAUGGCUUUGUCCCUUUGGUGAGUCAGUCACUCCACACUGAUUUGUGUUUUCAGCAUAUUUACUUAAGAUGCACUCAAUGAACAAUCUGUAUCGUGGAGUAAAGACGUCAAGAAGAAGUGGAGCUGGGAUCUUCUGCUUGUUACUGGCCUUCAACUAGACUCAUGUUUCAGUUAGUGUCUCUAGUGUUAGAAUCCUUGGUGAAGCAGCUGGAAUAAUGUGCAUUUCAGUUAAGCCUUUAGAAUGCCUCUUCCUCCUGGCUAGGCUUACCAAGCCUCAAUACUUGUAAAAAGAAUUGCUCUUUGCAGAGACAAAAUUCAAGCAUGAACUUCAAGGGUUUUUUCCUAACAAUUAUGGGACACUUUAACCUGUUCUGAAUUGGUUGUUUUCAUCUGAAUUGCAAUAUCAUAGAAUCGUAGAAUUGUUUGAAUUGGAAAGGAGCUGUAAAGGUCAUCUAGCCCAACUCCCCUGCAAUGAACAGGGACUCCUACAGUUCAGUCAGGUCGCUCAGAUUCCUGUUGAGAUUGACCUUGAGUGUCUGCAAGGACAGGGCAUCUACCACAUCUAUGGGCAACCUGUUCAGAGGUUCAGAUAACUUAAAGCUGAGUUGUCUGGCAGUUUUAACUGAAGGAAUAUUUUGAUGUAUGUUAUUAGAUGGUAUUUUACACAGACAGAAUAGAGCAAUGAACAUGAACCACCUCAGACAACAGUUUUUUGGAAUACAGGACACAGCUAUGACUUCUUGACAUUUUCCUACAGGUAGCUAUCAAAGUCUGAUCCAGCUGUCUUGGUGAGGUUUAAAUGAAAAUGUGGUAAGAAAUCAAAUGGGAAGGGCUGGUUGGAAGGAGUUAGUGAGAGAGUAAUCUUUCACUUUGUUGUUAUGGGUGGAGUUUGAGGAGCAAACUUUUUUCCUUAACAAAAAUAAACUUUUUUCCUUAACAUGGAAAAAAUACUGAAUUGCUCCUGAAGGCACCUGUAUUACUCAGCUCAAAACCUACAAAAGCUCAUGAAUCACUACUAGCAGUUGUUGUCUUCUCUAAUUCUAACUUAGUGUUAGAACUCCUGUUUAUCAUCCUGAGUCACUAUUGUGGCAAUAUGAAUAUUAGCCAUGAAGAUGUUUAAAAUGCAAAUCCAUCUUCUAAUAUGCAUUGAGAGAGAAGUGUAAGAGUUAUAGUUUUCACAGAUGUUUUUUCUUCAUAUUCUGUUUGGGCCCAGCUGGCCAUCAGGUAUUUUCAAGGUCUAACUCCUUCCUGUUGCUUUUUAGAGACAAAGUUGGAAAAAUCUUUUUCAUAGUCUGGGUAGCUCAUAUUUUCUUAAUUACUUAAUCAGAACACUCAUAAAUAUUAUUCGUCUGGAUCAGAUAUUGGCAAAAUGUCCAGAUGGGCAUUUGCAGUUGUUAGCUAACUCUGUCAAGGAAAAUCAAAAAGCACUGUAAAUAUUACUCAAGAAGAACAUUUGUGGCAAGGCUGGAACAAGAAUAGCUCAUCUGCCCUUUCACGAGUACAUUUAGUUCCAGUCUCAUGUUAGCUGUUGCUGAAAAGGAGCACAUUCAGAAAAUAUUUUUGACUGCAAUCUGAUAUUCACAGCUCAGAAAUUCUCUCUCAUUCAAAUAGUGUUUGCUCACUAGAAUAGAUUUAUAGUAGGCAGAAAAGAAUGUCAACCAAUUCACUUGUAAUAACAUACCCACUUUCUACUGCAUGUGAAAUUUCUUCCAGGAUGUACUGAAAUAGAUGUGAGCUUAGGAAAAUAUUCCUCCUCAUGGUAUCUGUAUAAACAACGUAGUACCUGAUGCUUCUUUAAAAUCUGUCAUUAUUGGAUCUUUCCAAAUUAUCAUAGGGCACAGUUACCCGAAAUGUGCAGUGUUCCUUUAGAACCACUGUAGUAUGUUCAUUAGCAGCAGGUAAUCAGGUUGGUUUGGUGUUUUUUUUUUUCUCUUCAAAAGGGGACUUCACCUUUAGCAUAUUUCUAAAAUGCUAAAAACAGAAAUUAAAUUGUCAAGGACCAAAUGCUCAACAUAAGGUGAGCAUUAGCUGUGAUGCCUACAGACAGUAUGUUUCCAUUUCUAAAGCCAUGGAUUAUUAAGACCUGGGAGGAGGGGAGGAGGAGAGGGGGGCCUCUCAGGCCCUCAAUGCAAGUCUUACACGGGUAGAAGAGGCAGGAAAGUCUUAAUUGUUCCAGGCAGAUUUCUGGUUGGAAAGGGUUCUGCUUUUCUCCAGAUAGGAUUUGAGCAGUUCACUGUCCCUACCCAGUAUUUUGAGACUUUUCUGUAGUCUGCUGAGAAAUGAUAAAGACAUGAUUCUGUCUUAUUUCUUUAUUGUAGUCCACUUUUAAAUAUUGCAUGCUGUAGGAAUAAUGUUGCAAAGCCAUGUUUGUUCCAUACCUAGUUUUAAUGCCAGGUGGGGCUGUCAGUCAGGCAGACUUGUUUUUCUUGUGACCUUUCUCUGUAGAAUUGUUAAAUUGCUAAUUUCAUGAUAGCAAAAUAUAAGAUUUUAAAGUAAUUUUUGAAAAGCUGUCCACUGAAAAUCUGAAUAAAAUGCUUGUCUUUUAUUUCUGAU